UAAAAAUGGAGGAGAAAUGGAAAAUCCAUCUAAAACUAAGGAUUCUGAAGCGGUACACUAAAGAACAGCUCACAUCAUUAUGCAAGUCAUGCUUUAUCUCUUUACUCGUGUUGCUUGAUGUUUUUAGGAGCAUAAUUCAGUACAAUAAACCUAAGUGCUUAAAUAAGUUGCAUAUUUAAAUUGUUGCUUUUGGAUUUUAAUGUUAGGACAUUUGCAAAAUCAAACGCAAUGUAGGAGCAUGGACAAGAGGCCUUGUUAUGAUAACUUUAGAUAAGCAAUAAAAAGCAAAUAAAGUAAUAAGGAUUUCAUUUUUCUUUAGAUUAAACUAGUUAAGAGACAACAAACAUUUUUAGAGAAUAAUAAAGUUUAGUUGAGGAGCUCAACACAUAGUUAUGCAAAUACAAAAAAUAAACUAGGAGUUCUGUAGGAGAGGAUAAAUGGGACCUGAUGUGUAAAUACGCUUUAUAUGAUCAGAUAAUCAAGAAUUAAUACACAUUUAGGUCACAUGACUAAUUUAAUAAGAAAUUGGUGGGGGGAGUUUACUACUUUUUGGAGUUUUCCUUUUCAUCUAUUAUUUGCAUAAUGCAUAUAAUGCAAAGAAAGACAAAAAUAGUAGUAAGUAAAAAAGUAGUAAACUUCCCCCACAUGAAGUAGGGAUGUUAUGAUUGUAAAUGCAUCUCGAAAAACAAAAUCUUAGCUUAAUGGAAAGCCUAUAAAAGGUGCCACAUUUAUAGGGAGCAUGUAUGCGUGCUCAGGCCCGGACCGAGGCUGCAUGGCGCCCUAACCGAAAAGGUAUUCACCAUUUAUUUUAUUUUCCCUUCUGCUGUGAACAAAACUACUCUUUUGUCUAAUUGACAACCUCAACGAGGAUUCAUCUGCAAUUCUUGUCUGUGUUUUUGAAGCCUUACUACUGACAUUAGUGAACAGGUAUGUCAGCUUAUUGACAGUCAUGGUUCAGGUGAAAAUAAAACAAGGAAUGUAGACACUUUUUUUAACUGUCAUGAUUUUGUUAAUUUGCCACAGGUAAAACCAACUAAAUGCAAGAUUUUGAAUAAAAUCGGAAGGUUGGCAUUGUAAUCAGAAGGCAGCAGUUGUAUGUUUACAGGCUGCGCAGAAAAAAGUCCAAAUUUUAUGGUGAACGGACGACUGUUUGACAUCGGUCAGUGGCCGCCUGGACACAUUUUGAAGUUGUGCGGUGGCAGUCCAGUAACAGGCGGGUGGCAGGAAGGCAGCAGUGCGAUAAUUGACUGAAAGGAGGGUCUGCAAGGUUCCCAAAAUAGUCUGAUUAUUGCCUGAUUUCAGAUUGCCACCUCCCUGCCCCUGUGCUGCCGCCCCACUGCCACUGUCUGACUGUUAGAUAUUGUACAGUAGUAGAAUGUGCCCUCGAUGAGGGCUGUUGGCAUGGGACGGGGGCUUGGCGAUGACCAGUCCAAAUGAGGAGACGACAUUGAUGCUGUACAAAACUCAUCACAGCUUCUCAGAGACCUGCAUAUCAAUGAAUUGAUGUCAAGAAAAGACAGAAUAUUGUGCUUUUUAGGAGGCAUGUGGUCUGAAAAUGUGUAAACUUGUAAAUUGACAAGAUCGUAAAGAGUGCUCAAAAUCUGAGAUGUGAGUGCCAUUUGCAGUUUUCUGUUUCUUUUUGAGUCAAAGCCAGAAAGAGCGGCAAAGCCAAAAAAGACAACCCAGUUAUGUGUACCUGUUAGUGGAGCGACCAGCGAGAUUAAUAUGUCCACAGCAGAAAAAAGGUCUUAUCUCCGUCUCCCUCCAGCCAGAUGUUACGUUAUGUUACUAUUAUGAUUUGUACCUGAACUAAAGAAAGAAUUAAUAAAACUUUGAAAUAUAAAGAAGAAAUAACUUUUUUCAUGAAUACAUGUUUUGUUACUUUAGAAAAAAGCAGACACAAGUUCUAAAAAAAUAUGACAACCUUUGCAACCUUUGCUUCGUACCAUGGUCCGAGUGAAUACUCGAUUCUGAUUGGCUGCUAGGUGUGUAUUAAAAAGUGAUAAUGCACACCUAAAAAAGAAUUCCAGAUACACCUCAAACAGUCUGUAUUACUGCGCAGGCUUCUUUAACAGUAAAGUUUCUCUAUUCUCAUCGCUCCCUUGCGGCUCCACCUCCUUUGCCACUGUCUUUUGCAUGGAGCUCUCCCUGGAGCGCUGGCUCCCAGUCACAGCAAUAGCACGAGGUCCUGGACGUUGAGAGGAACCAGUUGAGGUUGCUCAGGAAUCUGGUCCGGAUGCAUCCUGGACGCCUCCUCGGGGAGGUGUUCUGGGCAUGUCCCACUUAGUGUAGGUCCUGAGGAAGACCCAGGACACGCUGGAGAGACUACGUCUCUCAGCUGGCCUGGGAACACCACAGGGUCCCCUCAGAGGAGCUGGAGGAAGUGGCCAGGGAGAGGGAAGUCUGUGUAUCUUUGCUUAGACUGCUGCCCCCUCGAUCCGGAUGAUUGGAAGAAGAUUGAUAAAUGGAUGAUUAAAUUAAGUUUCCAUAUUUUUUCAAUUUAAUAUUCCAAAGCUGUUUUGAAGACCUCACUGACCCACGCAUCGGACCCCCCAGCUGGGCUUCCGUUCCAGACCGUCGCUGAACAGGUUGAAAAGUUCCUCCAUCAAGACCAAAUCUCGUGUCUGAAGAUGGAAGCUGUCCUGUCAUCCAGAAAAAACGGCUCAAAAAAGGAAGACUAUGCUGAACCUGAGAGAAGCCAGACAUCUCUGAAGGAGGUCUAUCAUUUUUCAGAUAUUUCUGAAGAUGAAGAGGUUUACUCAGAGGAGCACAGUGGGAGGAAGGUGGAUGUUUCUGUCCAAAAACAAGACAUAGUCACUGAAAGCCAAAGAUUCAUCGCUGAUGACGACACUUUUCUGAUGGAAAAUGAAGGUUCUUCAUCAAAACCGUCUGAGGAGGAUCUGUCUCAAGCUUUCAACUGUUCAGAAAAGUCAGCAGAAAAGUCGACUGGUAAAACCCAACAGUCUGAGGUCGAUACAUGCAGAAUCAGAGAAGAUUCAGGGAUGCUUAUGGGCAAACCUUCCUGGAAAUUCUGCACAGACCAGAAUGUUCAAGGCCAAAGUGAUGUGGUCUUUAAGAAGUUAGAAUCAGUUGAAGAAACCAAAGGAAGUGAAUUUCAGAAACGCAAAGCUUCCAGUAGUUUUAGUUCUAAAGAAAACACGAAGAAUAAAGAAGAGAUGAAUGUAUUCCAGGUCAAGGAUCCUAUGAAGGAUCAGAUAACCUCUGAAGAGUCGGAUGCUUUUAUGGACCAAGAUGAGACAAGAUGCAAAUCUAUUAGAGAUCUUAACAAAGAAAACUAUCAGCUAAAUACUCCAACAACAUGUUGUACAAGAGACAUGAGCAACAAGACAACUUGUAAAGAAGUAGACGAUGAAACAGGAAAAAACUCAAAUAUGGAAAACAUUGAUAGUAGACAUUUUACUGCAUCCAUGAAGGAUGACUUGUCCAGUAAACUAAAUGAAGAAAGAUCAUGUUGUCUUGAUUCCAAGACAAUGAGCUCAAGAAUGACACCAGUUGUACCAAUAAAUGACUGUGGAUUCCCUCAGAGAGGAUCAAGGUCAAGAGGAGGCGACUAAAGAAACGUCGACUGCAAAGAAGGAAAGCAGAGAAUCGAGAAUGGUGAGAAACAAAGACGCAACUAGAAACGAAAACCCAGAAACACAUGACUUCUCAACUGUAGAAGUUUCUGAAAUGGAGAGUUUGUGUCCAGAAGAAGCUUAUAAAGAAGAAUUGGAGAGUGGGGGAUCUAAAAUAGAUGAGUUGGCUGGUCACUCCAGAAGAGAGAGCCAUAAACCGCCAGUUAAAAGAAAAAUCCUCCUGAAAGCUGAGGAGCCAAAAAGAAAAGUCUCUAGAUUCUGUGAAAAAGAAAGUCAGGACAGAAGAGAAAAGGGGUUAGUUGGUACGAUCCAAAGGAUUCCUGAAGAACUCUGUGCAGAAGAAGCAGGAAGAGGAGGAACGGCAGAUGGAGCAUGGAAUGAUGGGAUUGUGGAUCUACAGAAGCUCUAUUAUUACAUCAAACUGAAAAUGAAUGUUAUAAUUGUACACCCAUUGAAAUAAUUUUAC